CCUCCUCCCCCCACUUCUUCUCUGGGACUUUAACUUUGAGGCCUGGACGUUGGGGAGGGGCCCAACCCCAAGCAGGCCGGCCCAUCCAGGAGGCUAGUAGUUUCUGGUUUCUUUGCGUGGUGACGAGGCCUCUCUUUCUCUCAAGGGAUGCUUAGAACUCUCCUGAAAACGACCUGCUCUCAGACCCUGAAAUCCGUCAGCAUGAGCACCAGUGCUGCUCCGACGUCCAGAAGCCAUCGGCCGCUCUUACAGGACAAAGUGGCCCUGGUGACCGCCUCCACCGAAGGGAUCGGCUUUGCCAUCGCUCAGCGUCUGGCCCGUGACGGGGCCCAUGUGAUUGUGAGCAGCCGAAAGCAGCAGAAUGUGGAUCGCGCUGUGGCAGAGCUCCAGAAGGAGGGGCUGAGUGUGAGGGGCAUCGUGUGCCACGUGGCAAAGGCCGAGGAUCGUAAACGACUGGUAAACACGGCUCUAGAGCACUAUGGAGGUAUUGACAUUCUGGUCUCCAAUGCUGCUGUUAAUCCCUUCUUUGGCAAAUUGAUGGACACCACUGAAGAGGUGUGGGACAAGAUUCUGGAUAUUAAUGUGAAGUCUGCAGCCUUGCUGGUGAAUGUGGUGGUGCCGGAGAUGGUGAAACGGGGAGGUGGCUCAGUGGUGUUUGUGUCUUCCAUUGCUGCCUACUCACCCUUUCAGUACCUGGGCCCCUAUAAUGUCAGCAAAACAGCCCUUCUGGGACUCACCAAGAAUUACGCUUCUGAGUUGAAACCAAAGGGCAUUAGGGUGAACUGCCUAGCACCAGGCCUCAUCAAGACCAACUUCAGUUCUAUCCUCUGGAAAGAUGAAGCUAGUGAGAAUGCCGCUAAGAAUGACAUGAAGAUAGCCAGGCUGGGUGAGCCACAUGACUGUGCAGGCAUCGUGUCCUUCCUGUGUUCACCGGAUGCCGACUACAUCACAGGAGAAACAAUAGUAGUGGCUGGAGGUUCUCCUUCUCGGCUUUGAUCAGCCUGGAGAACCCCCUUAGAAGCAGGAAGCUAUUUAGAAUGAAGAGAGGACUCAAGAUUGCACCUGGAAUUUGUGUUCAAAGACUCUCCUCCUCUUAUUCUGACCAACCCAAUGACUUCCAUGGAUUAAAAAAUAAAUAAAAAUUAGCCUGUGUGUAGAGAGGCAACUAGGGAUCUCUAUUUGCCAAGCAUGGGGGGAAAAAGCCAUCCUUAAGGAUGUCUGUCCUGUAUAAAAGCUUUUAUGUGAAAUACUCAUUUUUCUAGCCUUAAUCGACAAAUCUACUUUUUACAAAACUUAGCCCAGCUGGAGGGAAGAGGGGUGAGGUCUGAAACCAGGACCGGGCCAAGGAAGAGAAAGGAGUCAGAAGCACUGUAGGGACGAGAAGGGAAAGGCCCAGGGCAGAUCUCCAGUUUCUGUGUCAUUAGAAAUAAAAUUAACUUGCAAAUAACAUGCAAA